GUGAAGAGUGGCACCCGGUUUGCCUUGCCUUGCAGGGUGACCCAAAAGUCCAAGACUGCCAAGGCCACACAUAGCUGCUUCGCGCUCUACUUCUUGGAGAAGGCGCCGGAAGGCGGCUGGCCUGCUCCCAUCCUGUCCGAGGAGGAAGUCGCCGAGUUGGCGGCCCUCGGGCGGGGCGAAGCCGUCGCCGACUCGUCGGCCUCUGCUGCCGAGGAGCCGCCAGUGGAGACCAAGAAGGAGGCCAAGAAAAAGGAGGCCGAGCAGGCAAAGGGGAAGGAGGCCAAAUCGGCCAAGAAGCGGGGAACUGACGCAGCGGAGGAGGAGACGCCCGUGCCGGUCGCCGGUGACAAAGACAAAGCAGGAGCCAAGGGAGGCCGCAAGAAGAAGGACCGCUCUCCUAGCGAAAAGCCGGAUGAGAAAGCCGAAGCCGGUGAUUCCGAGGAUGAUGGCCAGGAGGAGGAGGAGCAGCCGAAUCUGGCCUCAGACAGUGAGAAUGAGAAGAAGAAGGCCGCGGACGCAGAGUCCCAAGAGGAGCCCGCCAAGGAAGAGGACGCCGAAGAGGAGGAGGCGGAAGUGGAAGCUAAGGCAGACUCUGACAGCGAGGAGAAGGAGGAGGCAGAAGCUAAGGCGGAUUCUGACAGCGACGAGAAGGAGGAGGCUGAAGCCAAGGCGGAUUCUGACAGUGACGAGAAGGAGGAGGCAGAAGCCAAAGCAGAUUCCGACAGCGACGAGAAGGAGGAGGCUGAAGCCAAAGCAGAUUCUGACAGCGACGACAAGGAGGGAGAAGCCGAGGCGAAAGCAGACGACUCAGACAGCGAUGAGAAAGCGGAGGAGAAGGAGGCGAAGAAGGACGACUCAGACAGCGACGAGAAGGCCGAGGAGAAAGAGGCCAAGGAUGACGACUCAGACAGUGAUGCCAAGGAGGAAAAGGAGGAGGCAAAGGAGGAUUCCGACAGUUCAGAGAAGCGAGCCGAGGAGGCCCCCGAGGAGGAGGAGUCCAACAGCGAGGAGAAGCAGAAGAAGGAAUCUGACAGCAGCGCGGAGGAGUCGCCCGUUGCACGCAAGAAGUCCGAUUCGGAGAGCGAGGAGAAGCGGGCACGAAAGAAGAGGCGGACGAACCGCAGAAAGGAUUCCUCGGAGGAAUCCUCUUCUGCACAGAAGGCCAAGACUAGGAGAAGAAAGGAACACAGAAGAAGCGCGAGCAAGCGACGGCGCAGGAGCGGGCGUCGGUCACGACACCGCCGCAGCCGCAGUCGCUCGCGACGGCGGCGCUCCGAGGGCCGCAGCCGACGCGACAAGAAGGACGACCGCAAGGAAGAACGCAAGGAAGAGCGCAAGGAAGAACGCAAGGAAGACCGCAAGGAGGAGCGGAAGGAGGAGCGGAAGGACAAGGCCCGGCGCAAGGCAACAAGCAGCCCAAGCCCUCCCGCCCGCCGAAAGCAGGCCGCUCCGCAGAGAGCGUCACCCAGCUAUCAAGCCGAAAAGAAGGAGGAGAAGGCGCCAAAGCCCGAAGAGGAUGAAGCCGCCAAAGAGGCAGCACGGGCCAAAGAGGCGGAAGAGGCAAAGCAGAAGGAGGCGGCGGCAGCAGAGGCCAAAGCGGCAAAAGAGGCGAAAGAGGCCCAGGAGACGCGCGAAGCGAGCGAAAGAGAGCGAAGGGAGCUGAAGGCCCUGAAAGAGGCCAAGGAGGCCCAGGAGAACAAGGAGAACAAGGAGGCAAAGGAGGCCGCGGAGGCCAAGGAGGACCAGGAGGCCGCGGAGACCAAGCCGGCUGGAGAGGUCCAGAAGGCUGCGGAUGUAGGCAGCCCCGAGGAGGCGGCCGGGGACGCGAAGGGGGACUUCAAGUUCGCCUUGGGGCGACGCGAGAGCAACGCCCUGAAACUCCAGCGGCAGAAGAAGGAGCAGGAGAAGGCCCAGAGAGAGCAAGAAGACCAGCUACAGAAAGAGCAGCAACAGGCAGCAGAAAAGAAGCACAAACAGAUGGAGGUUGACAUGCAGAAGGCAAUGCUUGCCCAUGAGCACAACAAGAAGAAGGCCCUGGAGCCGAGGGUGACGGAGCCGAUCAUCCUCCCGGAGAAGAAGAUCGAGCCUGCCCCGCAGCGGAGCGCCCCGGCGCCGGAGCCAGCGCAGGCGGAGGCCCCAACCGAGACCCAGGCAGAGACGCAGGCGCCGGCGGUGCACCCCAGCUCCACGGCCGCGGCCCUGGCGUCUUAUGGGUUUAGCUUCGACAUGUCGGCACUCUAUGCUGCCUACAACCUGGCGAUGCCCGCCAACAACAUGAGCGCCGUCACCAUGAUGCCUGGCUACUCCUACCCGGCAAGCGUGGAUGUGGCAACGGCCAUGGCGCAAACAGGCGCCGUGGCAAGCGCCGGUGCCGCCGCAGAUGCAACGCCAACGCCGGCUGAGGCCCCCACUUCUUCCAAAGCUGCAGCUGUGGGGGAGCCGGCGUCGCGCGAGGAGACUUUGGGCGCAGCGAUGGCCAAGAGUGGCAUGGCCGCCGCGAAGCGGCCGGGGACACCGGGACCGCACUCGGGGCACGUGGUGCCUGCCAGGAAUCUGCCCAAGCAAGCUGGGGCGGUCCCGGCUGUGGCACAGCCCGUGGUGCCCUCGGCACAACCCGUGGUGCCCUCGGUGCAGCCGGCGGUGCAGGUGGUGCCAGGGGCGGACCUGCUGAGCAAAUCCAAGUCCGCAGCGCCGCAGCCCGCGGCAGCGGAAGUCCCGAUGGAGUUUGGCCAGCCGGUCUUCCCAAAGCAUCCUCAGUACCCGCCCCCGAAGGCCGCGCCUGUGGCACCACAGGGCGAGCAAGCUGCGGCGCCACAACAGAUAGCCUUCAAGUCAGCUGCACCGGCUCAGGCUUAUCAAGAGUCCCAGCAGUCGUUUCAGAAGGCAGCACCCCAGCCGGCACCGUUUCAAGUCGAGCACGUGCAGCAAGCGCAGGCACACCAGACACCCCAGAUCCACGAGGCCUACCAGCAACCGCGCCAUGCAUACCAGCAAGCACAGCAGCAAGCCUAUCAGCAGGCGCAUGCCACGGAGACCCCUCGCGUACAGGCCUUUUCCUUGAAAGAUCGGCCGAAAGCGAGCUCCGAGGAGGACCACCAGAUGCAAAUGCAGAAGUUCCUCACCAGCGCCAAGGCCUCCGCGCAGAAGAAAGCGCGGAGUUUCGGAUGA